UUGGCAGGCUUGGGAGCCGUGAGGGUGUGGCCCGUGGGAGCGUGGUGCGGAGCCCGGGCUGCUCGGAGGGCCCGCGGGCGCUCUGGGACCCGCCGGCGAGACCCCCGUCCCCUUCUCCGGCCCUCUCUCGUGCCCAGCUCCCGGCGAAAAGACCCCGCAGAGCCUCUGCCGGAGCGCCCCAUCGGUGCUGCGGGACCUGCUGGGGGAGGCCAUCGAGAAGGACCUGCAGGCUCCGGCCCAUGGCCUCUGACCACAGUUCCAUGACUUCUGCUGCUGGCACGUCCCAUGUGGGUGGCACCGGUGUCCAGCCAGGGGCCUGGCCCGGCAUCGUCAGCAUCCAGGCCACCUGGGAGAACGGCACGUGGCACAUGUGCACGGGUGUCCUCCUCAGCUCCCAGUGGGUGCUCACGGUCGCACACUGCUUCGCCAGGGCCGGGGGCAUCUCCAUGUGGGACGUGGUGAUAGGGGCCACAGAUCUGACUCAGAUGGGCCCUGAGGCUGUGGUGAGACGCAUCCAGAGGCUCCUGGUGCACCAGCACUACGUGGCUGCCACGGCCAGGAACGACAUUGCCCUGGUGGAGCUGGACCAGCCCGUGGAGUGCAGCGACUACAUCCAGCUGGGCUGUGUGCCCGACGCCUCGCUCAGGGUCUCGGAGCUGAAAUCCUGCUACAUCGCCGGCUGGAACUUUGCCAGAACUCAGGGAACAGGCAUGGUGCUGCAGGAGUCCAAGGUCCACCUCAUGGACACAGAGCUCUGCAACAGCAGCCGGUGGUACGCAGGGGCCAUCCAUCCCCGCAACCUGUGUGCUGGCUACCCGCAGGGCGGUAUUGACACCUGCCAGGGGGACAGCGGGGGUCCCCUGGUCUGCAAGGACAAUGAAGCUGACUACUACUGGCUGGUGGGAUUGAACAGCUGGGGAAGAGGCUGUGACAGAGCCAGGCACCCCGGGAUCUACACCUCCACUCAGCACUUCUACAACUGGAUCCUGCUCCAGACGGGCCUGAGCCCUGCAGAAAGAGCUGGUCCAGCACCGGAGCCAGUUGUCACCUUGGCCCCUGAGGAGGAGCCUGAGGAACCAGAGGAACCAGAGGAACGCAUCAACUUGACCCCUGAGUACAGCCAGAGACCAGCAGUGACAUCCUCGGGCACGUCACUGCCCAUGGCAUUCCCACACCAGAUCCUGGUGCAUUUCUGGAAUCUGGUGCAGGAGUUCCUGCAGUUUCGGAAGGACAAAAAAGCCUCAGCAGCAGCAGGAUGAGCAGGAUCCAGGGCUACCUACAGUGGAUCAUGGCAGCUCCUGCUGGGCCAAAGGUAGCCUUGGGGCCAGAGGCUUCUCUGUCCUGCCCAUGCUGCUGUGCUGCAGCCACAGCAAUGCUGAUGUGACUGAGGCAUUGAAGUAAAGUUUCUGUGUUCACCAUUACCCGUGUUUUCAGCCCUGCUCAGUGCACUCGCAGGCUUGCAGAGUCCCUGCUCUCUCUGUCCAUCUGCUGUGCUGUUCACAUUCAUUCUUCAGCCUGGAGAGGGCUCCAGGGAAACCUCAGUGCCCCUUGCAGUGCCGGAAGCAGGUUAUAAUAGUGGGGGAGAGUGGCUUUUUGCAUGGGCAGGCCAUGACAGCACAAGGAGGAAUGGAUUAAAUCUAGAGGAGGGGAGAUUGGGAUGAGGUGCUGGGAAGGAGGUUUUACUCCGAGGGUGAUGAGGCCCUGGCCCAUGAAGUGUCCAAAGCCACGUUGGACAGGGCUUGGAGCAACCUGGGAUAAUGGCAGGUGUCCCUGACCAUGGGAGGUGGUAGAAUGAGAUGAGCCUUAAAGUCUCUUCCAACACAAACGAUUCUAUAAUGCUACAAUUGCAAUUUAUAAAAGAAAAAUAUUGAAAAUUUA